UGCCUUUUCUCUUGCGUCACCUCCACGGGCACUGCGGCCCAACAUCAUCGUUGCAUCCUCCACUUGGCUUUUUUGCUUUUCCCGCCUCCACACUCUGCGGGGAGGAGGACUUGUAACUUUCUCAACUCGACAUCUUACCCCAAGUACAUCUUAAACAACUCAACGUCGACUGUGAACACCCUUUACCGCCGCCAUGGACUCCUUCGGUGUCAGGAGAAAAGACACCACAAAGGGUGCGCCCCUCCGCGUGCUCUCGCUCGACGGAGGAGGCGUCCGCGGUUAUUCGAUGCUUAUUAUCGUCCAGGAGCUCAUGCACCGCACCUUUGUUGAGAUGCAUGGCCGAGCACCCCGCCGAAACGAGAUCCCCAAACCUGCCGACCAUUUCGACCUCAUCGUCGGCACCGGCACCGGCGGUCUGAUUGCGAUUAUGCUGGGCCGUUUGCGACUGGAUCUGGAGACGUGCAAGGAGCUCUAUGUGCGCAUGACCCGCAUGGUGUUUGAGACGGAUAAGACGAUUGCUGGUAUACCGUACCGCUCAACGCUCUUCAAAGCUAGCCGACUGGAGGACGCCAUCAAGGCUGCUGUCCGCGACCACACGGUUCUCGAGAAUGAGGGAAACGAUUCGGGUGAACCGGACUUUGACGAGAUUACUAGCCCUUCUAGCUCGAGACCGACGUCAUCGCAAUAUCCAAGGCGCCAUUCCAGCAAUGCCAGUACCGUUAGCUUCAGCGCGCGGAGUCCCGCUGCGCAAAUGGCCCCCGCCAGACCCGUUGCCAACUCGCGCUAUGGAAACCCAGACGCUCGUCUUUACGAUGCUAGAGAAAAUCGCACCAAGACCGCCGUCACGGCAAUGUACAAAUCGUCACCACGCGGCAGCCCAGCAGCGAUGCUCCGAUCAUACGAUUCUAAACGCGAACCGGCCCCCGAAUUCGACUGCAAGAUUUGGCAGGCUGGCCGCGCUACUUCUGCGAUUGGCCUAGCCUUUAAGCCCAUCCAGAUUGGUCAGUCCACCUUCCAUGAUGAUGGCGUUGGCACCUUCAACCCCGCCCCCGAAGCCCUCGACGAAGCUGCGGUCAACGAAUGGCCCGGCCGUGAGAUUGGUGUUUUUGUUAGCGUAGGCACCGGAAAGCGACCUCGCGGUUCCGACUCUAACCAGCAGGCCUGGUACGAAGGAUUCAUGGGUGAGUUUGCCGAGGCCCGACGCCGGCUCAUUUCCAAGAUUGAGGGCUGCGAGCGCAUCCACGAGACCAUGAUGCGCCAGAACCUAGCAAAGAGAGGCGUAAACCCAGACAACUACUACCGUCUAAAUGUUGAAAUUGGUGUAGGCGAAUUCGGCAUGAACGAAUGGAACCGCCUGGGCGAUAUUAGCACGAGCACGCGUCGCUACAUGAGCCGCGAUGAGGAGCAACAUAUGCUACAGAGCAUGUCGAGCAAGCUAGCUCGCAUUCAUAAGCUUCGUAUGCGCCGCGAUCGCGAGGCCCAAGGCAUUCCGGAGCUUGUUCAAACCAACUCGGCUGGCCAAUUCGAGAUCCCUAGCCCGGGUGCUGUUGAGCUGCCCGCCGAAGUUCCGUAUGACUAUGUCCCAUCGCCACUAUCUCCCGGCAGCCGCGCAUCCAACGAGUCCGGUCGACCCGACAGUUUUACAAUGGGCAACGAAACGAUUUCCAACAUGUCACCGUCUCCACACAGCUCAUACUACGACCAGCGCUCGUCAUCUGGCCAACACCCACUGCACCCUCCUCCUCUUCACCCGCCUCCUUUGCGCUCCUCACCGCCGCCCAAGUCUGCCAAGCGCCUCUCGGUAAUCCAUCACCGUCGCCCGUCCCAGAAUGGCCAUGACGGAAACGACGAUCGACUUACCUCGUUUGCACCGACGCCCGCACAGUACCGAAAUGCAUCUGCUGGUUCGGGAUUCUCCGCCAACGUAACGCAGCCCUUGCCAUACGCAGAAGCGCCGCCUCUACCACCCAAAACACCACUGCAACAUGACAGUUAUGCCCCAGCUCCUCAGAUGGCACCUCUGCGCGGACCGCCCAGAUCUGCUGUUAUCCCACAGGGCGAAUUUGCUCCAUAUCCAUUGGACGACGACGAGCCACCACCCGUCAACUUGUCGCGAAAGCCGGACUAUCGCGGCUAAAAUAGUAUAUAGGAUAGGAUGGAAGAUGUAUACUUGGUUAUUUUACUGCUAUAAGAUAUCAUGAGCGGCUUGUGAGUUCCACACAAAAUUUCACUUGAUUUUGCAUUUCAUCACGGCACAAAAGUGCUGAAAUAGGUAUAUAUAUAUAAAUAUGUAUUGGAUUAGGUGUUAAGAUCGUAGCGCUAGU